AAAUAUUCUUUCACACCACAAUCAGUUUAUGAAGAAGCAGCGCUCAAGUGCCAAGCAAUCGUAAGAAGCGAACAUGAAGACUUUCAUUGCCAUAAGCUUCUUGCUGAUCAUCGGCAAAGUGUCAUCGUCAAAUUGGGCCAAUGAGCUUGAUGGCUUCCUAAAAUUUGAAUGCCCUGAGGCUGAAUCCAUUAGUUUCAUCGAGAGCUUGCACGACAACGAUUCCGAAGAUCGAAUUUGGCGUUUUGAGUGCGGUCCAGUCAAUGGAACUUUCAACUCAUGCUCGUGGUCAGGAGAGGUGAACAAUUUGGACGAACCACUUUUGUUCGAGUGUCAAAAUGGAGCGGGUGUGAUUACUGGAAUGGAGUCUGAUCAUGACAAUGACCAGGAAGAUCGCCGAUGGAAUUUCAAAUGUUGUACUUUAGAGAAAAUGUGUUAUUCAGAAUGCGGGUUCUCAUCUUACGUCAACGAUUUUGACGAUCCCCUGGAGUUUAGGGUCGAUACUGGAUAUUAUUUGACUGGGGCCGAGUCCAUCCAUGACAACAAGCCCGAGGAUCGCCGGUGGAAAUAUCAAACGUGCCAGCUUGCUCCAUGCGGACAACUGUAGCGAUGACCCAUAUUCUCCUUUCCUUAGUGAUGGGUCAAGAGAACUUUCAAAUCUUCCGAGUUCAGAGUUGAAGGAUUUUGGUUUUGCAAAACAAAAUUGUGUCUUUUACCAUUAGUAAACUCCUAGUAACUCCUUGAACCAAGAAAUGGAUAUGACUCGAUGACAUGCCAACACAAAUAUUGUAAAAUAACGGAUCCAAUGAGACAUUCUCGCAAUAAAGGAUUUUACCAUUC